AUGGAGAAAUCCCCGGCGGGGCUGAACAAGGCCGGCUCCCGCUCCACCUCGUCGCUUCCGGCCGAGCCGGCGGACAUCGUCCGCAGCAAGGGGAGUUUCCGGCGGGUCAGGCUCAACGUCGGCGGACUUCCGCACGAGGUCCUGUGGCGGACUCUGGACAGACUGCCCCGGACGCGACUGGGAAAACUGAGGGACUGCAACACCCACGAGUCGCUGAUGGAGGUGUGCGACGACUACAGCGUGGACGAGAACGAGUACUUCUUCGACCGACACCCGGGGGCCUUCACCUCCAUUCUGAACUUCUACCGCACCGGCAAGCUGCACAUGAUGGAGGAGAUGUGUGCCCUGUCCUUCAGCCAGGAGCUGGACUACUGGGGCAUCGACGAGAUCUACCUGGAGUCCUGCUGCCAGGCCAGGUACCACCAGAAGAAGGAGCAGAUGAACGAGGAGCUGAAGAGGGAGGCGGACAACCUUAAGGACAGGCAGGGGGAAGAGUUCGACAGCACGUGCUGCGCCGAGAAACGGAAGAAGCUUUGGGACCUCUUGGAGAAGCCCGGCUCGUCCGUUGCCGCAAAGAUCCUGGCCAUAAUCUCUAUCCUCUUCAUCGUGCUGUCAACCAUUGCCUUGUCACUGAACACCCUUCCAGAGUUGCAGGGCACCGAUGAGUUUGGCCAGUCCACAGAUAACCCCCAACUGGCCCAUGUGGAGGCUGUGUGCAUUGCCUGGUUUACUAUGGAGUACCUGCUCCGGUUCCUUUCCUCCCCAAACAAAUGGAAAUUCUUUAAGGGUCCUUUGAAUGUCAUCGACCUGCUGGCCAUCCUGCCAUACUAUGUCACCAUCUUCCUGACGGAGUCCAACAAGAGUGUUCUACAGUUCCAGAAUGUUCGUCGUGUGGUCCAGAUCUUUCGAAUCAUGCGGAUUUUACGUAUUCUGAAGCUGGCGCGUCACUCCACAGGCCUCCAGUCUCUAGGUUUCACUUUAAGGCGGAGCUACAAUGAGCUAGGCCUCCUGAUCCUCUUCCUGGCCAUGGGCAUCAUGAUCUUCUCCAGCCUGGUGUUUUUUGCUGAGAAAGACGAGGAUGAUACCAAAUUCAAAAGCAUCCCAGCUUCUUUCUGGUGGGCUACUAUUACGAUGACCACAGUUGGCUAUGGAGACAUCUAUCCAAAAACCUUAUUGGGAAAAAUAGUGGGGGGUCUAUGCUGCAUAGCUGGAGUACUGGUGAUUGCUCUACCUAUCCCCAUCAUUGUAAAUAAUUUCUCUGAAUUCUAUAAGGAGCAGAAAAGACAGGAGAAGGCUGUUAAAAGAAGGGAGGCCCUGGAGAGGGCUAAGAGAAAUGGUAGCAUUGUCUCAAUGAACAUGAAGGAGGCAUUUGCCCGCAGUGCAGAGCAAAUGGAAGUGGUAGUGGAGAAGAGCGAGAGGCCUCAUGAUAACCACCUCUCCCCAAACCGCUGGAAAUGGACUCCAAAGAGGGCUGCAUCUGAAACAAGCUCCAACCGUUCCUUCAAUGUUCAGGAGUUGGGCUCUCCCAACAAUAUCCAGACCGACAGUCCCCAGAGGCUCAACGCUCAGAAGCUUGAAGAGAUGUACAACCAAAUGGCAAAGACACAAUCACAGCCUAAUCUCAAUGCUAAAGACAGAAGCUCCAGAAUUGGCAAACAGAGGGACGAGAUAGAGCUUGGGGCCAUCCAAGAUCAAGGGCAGCCAAUACUCGGUACCAGAGAGGGAGUGGGAGAUAUGAAAAGCUUGUCCAGCAUUGACAGCUACAUCAGCUGUGCUACAGACUUCCAGGAGAAUCCCCGCUUCCCCUAUAGUCCAGCGGUGAGCUCUGGUCUUCAAGAGAGCAGCAGGUUCUCCCACAGCCAUGUUGUGAGCCUGUCUGGGCGCCCUGGUGCCAAAAUGGGCCUACAGACCAGUCUGGAACAAGGGCCUAUCCUCACUCCUUUGUCUGUCGCUAAAACCCUGUGCUCAGAAAAUGCACGGAAAUUCUUCUCCAGCAAUCCCUUGAAAAGUGUCACCCAUAAAAGAGGCUGCCACAGUGAAGGAGAGUCAGGUCGGUCCCCCCUCUCAGACAGUUCUGUCCUGUCAGACCACUCCCUUUUAAGCCCCGAGGUGUCUGUCUACACCACUGCCAGCAGCAGGACACCCCCCAAGUCCCCAGAGAGCACUACCCUGACAGCAGCCGUCUUCACUUUCCACGACUCCUCCAUUAGUAAGUACAUUGAUGCCGACACAGAUGAUGAUGAGCACCUCCGCGAUGCCUCUGACACCAGUCCCUCAGAGCGUCUACUGGUGGCUUCAAGCCCCAAAUGUCGCUUCAACAGCAACUAUCAGAAGGGCACCAACCAUUUAGAGGCAACCCAGAAAAAGCUAGGCCAGAACUGCCUGUUUCCCCUAGAGGGAACUCGAGGAGGUGCUCACGAGAACCACAUGGGACUUGAAAUGGGACGAAGGCCCAAAGUAGAGAGAGGGCGUCCAAACACUUUGGAUGAGAGCCUCUGA